UGCACGCUAUCUUAGUGUGCGUAACCUCGGGAGAGCUUCAGUCACGAUCGCGGCGCCGUCCGGGUCACUAGUGCUUUUGAGUCCGCGUCAAAAUUUUUCGGAGAGUAACGUCAGCAUGGCAAGUAAACGGAGAAGAGUUGUCCACAGUGAGGGUCGAAGCAUGAUAGCUAGCGUUUAUCACUUUCUACGUGAAGAGUAUGAAUUUACGAAAUCAGUUAUGGAACCUAACUGUGAUUUGUCUCAUUUACGAGAUAUUACACGGCGUGCAGCUGAGGCUACAGGUGUUUCUAUGAAAACUGUUCAACGGAUAUUAAAAGAAGAGAAGGGACUGCCAUCCUCUUUAUCAAAAUUCACUUCUCCUAUGAAGAAAAGAAGAAAGCGGGAUAAUAAGAUAGAAAUAGAUAAUUUAACAGCCGAUGUUGUUCGCAGUACUAUCCAAAAUUUCCAUGUCAUUCAUAAAGAAAUUCCAACGUUGGCUAAGAUAAGAACGGUAUUAAAUGAAAAAAUUAACUUUGAAGGUUGUAUAGAAACUGUUCGUCAGUUGUUACUGAAGUUAGGGUACAAGUGGCGUAAAACAGAGAAUAACCGUAAAGUUUUGACGGAGCGUCAUGAUAUACAAAUGUGGUGUUUAAAGUUUUUGAAGAAAAUGGCAGAAUAUCGCAGUCAAGGUCGGCCAAUUGUGUAUACCGAUGAAAGUUAUGUCCUUUCGACACACGUGCGAAACAACACCUGGGCACAACAAAAAGAGAGCACGCCAUUCUUAAAAAAAAUUUCCACGGGCACUCGCUUUAUAUUAGUGCACGCGGGAACAAAGGAUGGGUUUAUUGAAAAUGCUGCAUUGAUUUACAAGGCCAACUCAACAGCUGGCGAUUAUCAUUCUAACAUGAGCUAUGAUAAUUAUGUUAAAUGGCUAAACGAAAAACUUUUACCCAAUUUAGCUCCAGGCUCUGUCAUUGUCUUAGACAAUGCUUCAUAUCACAAUACACGGUCUGAAAAACUUCCGACAUCGGCUACAAAGAAAGAAGAUAUGAAGCAAUGGCUCAGGGAUAAGGGUAUACCAUUUGAGCAAUCUCUCCUUAAAUUGGAAUUGUACGACAUUAUAAAAAAAUACAAAGCUGAACACAUAGCGUACAAAAUUGAUGAUUUUAUUAAGAGCAAGGGUUUUGAGGUCAUACGCCUUCCCCCCUAUCACCCAGAAUUAAAUGCAAUUGAAAACAUUUGGGGGAUUGUAAAAAAUUAUAUCGCAUCAAAGAAUAUCGAGCAAAACAUGACAAACACUGAAAGACUGAUCAACGAAAGCUUGUAUCGAGUAAGCAGCGAAACAUGGCAAAAAACGUGUGCUCAUGUCGAAAAAAUUGAAAAAGAAUACUUAAAAUACGUCGACCUGGAUUUUGAGUUCAUAAUUAAUUUGCAGGACGAUUCCGACGACAGCGAAUCGGAACUUGAAUCCGAUAGUGAUUAA